AAGAAGACUGCAACCUCAUCCCAAUCCAUGAGUUUUAAGCUUUGGAGAACUUUGUAACACACACACAAACUUGCACCCGUUAUAGAGAGAGAGAGAGAGAGAGAGAAUCAACAAUGUCAGAGGAGGGAAAGCAGAUCGUAAUUGUUGGAGGAGGAAUCUGCGGCCUUGCCACUGCCCUUGCUCUUCAUAGGAAGGGGAUUAGGAGUAUAGUGAUAGAGAAGGCUGCGUCUCUAAGGACAGAAGGAGCAGGAAUCGGAAUCCAGUCCAAUGGAUGGCGUGCCCUUGAUCAGCUUGGAGUUGCCCAUCUCCUCAGGCCCAAAGCUAUUCCUAUUUUACUAACUCGAGAUCUUGUCCUCAACAACAGUACACACCAAGAGGAAUCAUUCAAGAAUUCAGAAUUUCGAUGCCUGAGAAGGAGUGAUCUCAUAGAAAUCAUGGCUGAGAAUUUACCGGCCGAAACCAUACGAUUCGGAUGCGAAAUAAUGAAAAUUGAAUCUGAUCCUAUAAUUACUUCCCAUACCAUUCUUCAUCUGAAAGAUGGGACUGUCAUCAAGGCUAAGGUACUGAUAGGGUGUGAUGGUGUACACUCAGUGGUGGGGGAUUGGUUAGAGUUGAAACCUACAAAGCGUUUUAAUCUAUGUGGAGUGGUAGGUUUCACAAAUUACCCCAAUGGCCAUGGUUUUGGCAAUGAAUUCGUUCGAAUAAGGGGAGAUAAUAUGAUGACCGGAAGAUUACCAAUCGACGAAAAGCUGGUUUAUUGGUUUGUGGCUCGACCAAGGACUCCUCAAGAUACAAUGGUUUCAAAAGAACCAAAGCUCCUUAGAGAUUCAACUAUGGAAUUAAUCAAGGAUUUUCCAGCAGAAAUCCCAGAAGUAAUACAGAAUUGUGACCUUGACUCAAUAUUACUCUUUAGCUUGAGGCACCGAGCACCAUGGGACAUGAUACUAGAAAGCUUUAGGAAAGGAACAGUCACAGUUGCAGGAGAUGCGAUGCACGUUAUGGGACCAUUCGUCGGACAAGGUGGUUCUGCAGCACUAGAGGAUGCAGUUGUGCUUGGGAGAUGCUUUGCACAAGAGAUGGUAGCUGGCUUGGAAUCAGAGAGAAGUAAAAAGAACAACUUGGAUUGGAAGGAACAAAAAGAAGAAAUGGAAAUGUCUAAGAGGAUUGAGAAAGCAAUUGAUCGAUAUGUUAAAGAGAGGAAGAUGAGGAUUCUGAGGUUGUCUACACAGACUUAUCUCAUUGGUACACUAUUGCAGACCACAUCGCCAAUCAUCAAGUUGGUGAGUUUCAUUCUUGUUCUCAUCGUCUUCAUCACUUUUUCAAACCACACCAGUUAUGAUUGUGGCCGGCUUUAAGAUCAUGCAUCAAUAGCUAGCUAGCUUAAUUAGGAGCUUCCUCAGCCUUUUUGUAUUGGCUCUAAUAAUAAAUGGUAUUGUAUCUUGAAAAGUUUUGUUUAGUCGAUUGUAUCUGCAGAGUAGUCUAAAGAUGGAUUGAGUUUUAAUAUCCAAGGAGUCUAUUGAGUUCUGUA